AUGCCACUCGCUACACCAGCCUUCGCACACCUCUUCGCCCUCCGACGGAUAAUAUAUGCGGCGCUGGUGUUAAGCUGUUGGUGGUCAAGAGGAGUGGAAGCACAGCUCGACAACGAGACGUCGCCGACAUAUCAAUUCAAGUCGAGACCCGACCUUCACGCUCCCAUCCUCGAGUUCGCCGUCCUCAGACCGGAACUUGUCUUGCCGGGAUACGUCUUCCUUGCGCCGUACCGCAACCUCGAUCCGGGGCCUUAUAUCUACGAUAACAAUGGACAGUUGGUGUGGUCGGGCGCGGGCGAGGCGGGGCCUAAGACGGCACAUGCGCCAAAGGUUUGUGUGUACAAGGGAGAGGACCAUUUGUGCUUCUUUGAGGGAGAGCAGCAUCAAGGCUUCGCGAGAGGACAUGGAAUCAUCAUGGAUAACACUUACCGAGUGGUCAAGGCGAUUGACAGUUCGGGCGCUGGCGCGAGUAGCGAUAUGCAUGAGUUCCGCAUGACGCCUUAUUCCAAUGGGACUUCUGUCUUGAUGACGGUCUAUCAGCCACGGCAGUACGAUCUCACGACCAAUGCUCGAUUUAAUCUGCAACAUGGCCUAGGAUGGAUCGUGGAAGGCGUGUUUCAAGAAGUGGAUAUUGAGACUGGGAGAGUGCUAUUCGAAUGGCGGUCACUGGACCAUGUCGACCCAUCAGAAGCGUGGACUCUACCCGGCUCGACGGAUACCAGCGGCGACGGUCUCCACGAACAAUCACCUUGGGACUACUUCCACAUCAACUCGAUCGAUAAGAACGAAGAAGGCGACUACCUCAUCUCAGCGCGCCACGUCAGUGCCAUAUAUAAGGCGUCUGGCCAAGAUGGGAGUAUUAUAUGGCAGCUGGGCGGCAACAGUCCUUCGUUCACGCAAACGAACUUCCAAUUCUCGUACCAGCAUCAUGCGAGAUGGGUUUCGGAGAAUGGAACGCAUACGGUGUUUUCCUUCUACGACAACGCGAGCAACAAUUACAAUGCCACGGGAGAGUUCUCGCAUGGUUGGAUCAUUGCGAUUGAUCAUAUCCAAGAGACUGCGACAAUGAUCAAGGAAUGGGGUGCACCGCAGUCAGAAGGUGGACUUCUCUCAACAUCUCAAGGAAACAUGCAGCUGCUCCCGAACGGAGGCGCUCACAUCGGCUGGGGAGAACACGCAUACUUUUCCGAGCAUCUCGAAGACGGUACCUGCGUGCAGUAUGCAAAGGUGGCAGAUCGAGCGUCGAAUGUCAUGAUCUAUCGAUCCAACAAGUUCAACUGGACUGCGCAGCCUGUGACGAAACCCGCGCUUUGGACGUACAGCAAAUCUGGAGAGGUGAAUACGAGUUUCUGGGUGUCGUGGAAUGGAGCGACGGAGGUUAAAAGUUGGAACUUUUACGUUGCGGAGAGUGCGUCUGGGCCGUGGGAGUAUGCUGGGAAUGUCGGGAAGACUGGGUUCGAGACGGAGUUCCACAUCGAGACUUUCGCGCCCUGGUCGUAUGCGGAAGCACUGGAUGGCGAUGGGAGACCCCUGGAUGCCAGUGUCGUCGCGAGGACGUUCGUGCCUAGUGGGAGACUUCGACCGUGGUGCAAUGACAGAGGAUGCGACUACGCCUCGAGAGUCCCCGAGGAGCAAGAGACGCCAUACGAGGCUGAGAACAACGUGGCGGAGAAGUUCCUCUCGACAAACCGGGGCUUCAACACGAGCCAGUAUUACCACGAGCCCGAAAUCGAAGACGAUACAACCGAACCGAACAAUACAUCCACUCUGGCGGUCAUCGCAGGCCUGGUGAUGGGCUUCACGGCCGCGACGAUGGGAUUCUUCUUCUGGCGGACGGGAUUGUUCAGGAAACUGCAGGGCAAGACGGAUGAGAUGACGCACGCGGCGUUUGGGUCGAAAGUGCUGGGGAGGUAUACACGGGUUAAGGAGGCGGAUGGGAAUUCUAGUCCUGGGGGGAUGUCGUGA